AUGGCGUGCAGUGGCAAUGGAAAGGUGGCGGCCGCCGGGGCCUUUCUCGCUCUUUGCCUGCUGACAGGGACGGGAGUCUGCUCGGAUCAAGUACUAGUUCACGAAGUGAACAAUCAAACAUGCAGUGAUGGGAAGCUCUCCGUGACACUGAAAAACACGGUGACCCUGCAGUGUGCGGACCCCAUUCCUGUUCUCGACCCUGCUGAUCCCAACAACGUCUACAGGGACGAAAGCCCUCUAGAGCCACCCACGACUCUAACGACUCUAAACCAAGUAGCACAAGGCGUGACUGCUGUCGCUACUGAAGAUCGUAAAGGCUGUACGUUAAACAUCACGGGAAACCCGAAAGACGGCACAAAGUUCAUCUAUAUCUGUAAGAAAAACCAGGAAGCAGGGCCUCGCAUGGUAAAAGCCUCCCUCGACGAAGAGGCUAAAUCUGCUCCGAAGGCGCUCGAGAAGUGUGUAGUGACCGUCACGGUAAAACAUGAAAAAAACCCUGACAAAGAUGAAGGCGGUCUGAAACCUCCACUUCCAGAUCAAGAAGCAGGGACACCACAAGAGGACCAAGUCCACACCUGUUCCGCUGGCCAAGAUACCAGUCUCACAGUCUCGGCACCCAACCAGCAGCUGAAGCUGAAGUGCGAGUCGGGACUCCACUUCGAGCCUCGGGCCGUCCUCAAUGCCUUCGAUGACGAGAACGGCAACUGCGACAUGCAGAAGACCCUGGGCAGCCUUGUGCCUGGUGCUGUGAGGAAAGGUGAGGAGGACGCGCUGACGCUGCAGAUUUCGCGUCUCCCGGAGACUGGGGGGUCGAGAAAGCUGUGCUACCUGUGUCAGCCUUCUGCUGAUGAGAUUGCCCAAAAAGGCUCAGACAAGGCUUGCCGAUUUCGGAUCACAGUAAAACCCUCUGAAGAGUCCAGUGCCCGUGGUUGGUCAGGGCUUGGGGCUCAUCUGUUCUCUGUGGCGGGGGCGGUGCUUGCCGCUGCCACUGCACUGUUUUCAGCGUGA